AUGCUUGCAUCACAAUUACCAUUCGAAAUCACAAUCCACAUUUCAAAUUACCUUUCCACAAAAGACAGAAUCGAGUGUUCUCGUGUGUGUCAGGCCUGGGCAAUAGCCUUUCAAGAGUCACUCUGGGAUAGCAUCGUAAUAUCUGACAAGACAACCCUUAAUAACAUUUGCCACCCUGGAUCGGCCAUCUACCAGACAUAUCGAACCAAUGGCUGCUAUGUAAAGUCCCUCGACCUCGGUCUACGUCUCUUUGCAACCGACAAACAGCUGCACACCCUCCAGAACCAUUUCAAGAAUUUACAAUAUCUACGAACCCAAUGUAGCUCACUUUCGGCUACUGACUUUGGCACAAACGCUCCAAAUUGGUCCAUGUGGGGAACAUUAACUAAACUAGAGAUGAACCUGGGCUUUAUAAAGACUCCUCAUAUAAAAGCAAAACUUCUCGACAUACUUGCUUGCUUGCCACGAUUAGAACAAUUGCAUAUUGCCCAGGACUAUACCAGCAAGACCGUCCAAUUUACUUUGCGAGAUUUCGAAACACUUCAUGCAUCUUUACCACUACUCGAGCACCUGACAUUGGAUAUGGAAUCCCAAUUGAUAACAACCAGCGACCUAAAGCUCGUCCAAAAAAAUAUCACCCCGGCUACAAAACUCAAAAGCCUUGUAUUUACAGUCAACAGAUCAGGUCAUCGAUGGCUAUACUAUUUUGCUAUCAAGUAUCCAAAUAUCGACGGUCUGGCCACAAUAUCUUUUGAUGCCAGCGAAGGCAUAGAGACCACUAAAGCCGAGCUUAUGACCCUACUCGGUCGGAGGACACCUGAAAUUGGACUUGGACUUGGACCUGGAUCUCUGUUUCAAAAACUCGACAAGAUUCAGACAACAAUCUGCCAACAAUCGAGCCCACUUCAUUUUUGGAUAUGGAAAAAGAUUUACUCGGACUACCAUUUACCCCUCAAACAUCUGCAUUGCGCUAUCGAAGAAGUAUACGACAAGAGUAAUGUGGUCAAGAACACUUUUGAAGAUUGUAUCAACCCGUACAGCACCUCUCUGGAGACGCUGUUUAUACAGGUGUACGAGAAUGCAAUCACCACGGCCCCCUGGGCAAUAACGGAUUAUCUUGUGGACUAUAGAAACCUUGUCUAUUUGCGAAUCUACACCUCGGAUGCACCUAUACUUGUGGAUAUCAUUUUGGAUCGGUGUGUGGCCCUAAAGAGAUUGGGAGUCAGUACAAACUGGUUAUCUGUCGGUCAGUCAGCUUUAUCAUCUCUGUCAACAAGACUGACAUUACAUGGUCUUCGGAUGCUAGAGGUCUACAACUCGACCGUGUGUUCAAAGACAUUCAAGUACAUAUCUAUUCGUUGCAGGGAAUUGAAUUAUAUGUGCCUGGACUACACUGGCGUCACUGGCUAUGUUUCUAUCAAUACUGGAAAGCUUUCUAUCGACAUGCCAUACACUCAUUUCAAGACACUUCUCUUACGGCAUAUACGGUUUACGAGUUCAAGGGACGUUAAAGAGUGUGACCGGAAUGUCAAUCUGAUGGCUCUGUCUUUUAAAAACAACAAGGAUAACAAUGACGAUGAACUGGCAACACAAGGAGUGCAGGAAAUCAAGAAGAAGCCAAAGAAGAAGUUGACAGUGUGUUUGUCGAGUCGAUUCCCUUUUGUGUCUACAAAAAGAAAGGUGGUCGAGAACAUCAAGUCAAAGAAGGAUAGUAAAGUUGAGGAUUGUGGGAAGUCUAGCUGGUUCUAUACUACAUACAGUCUGAACAGCUAUUCUUUGUGGGAGUCAAAUGUUUCACGGUUAAAUGAAAAGGAGGUUGAGCGGGCGAGAGAAUAUUAUGACCGAUAUUCAUCAGAGAUCAGGUUCGUUCAAGAGACGACUAUCGGAGCAGGUGGAAAUAUCGAAGGCACCAGGGAAAAGUGGAAGAAAGAUCGGUUCCGUGGUUAUGCGGCAAUAAGGUGCGAUCGUAUAGAUGAAUACAUCAUCAAUACCAAUUUGAGAAGAGAUUGUUCAGAUUGGGAUUAUUUGUAUGAUGAGCUGGAUCAAUUAUAG